AUGGAUGAGAAGAAAUUAACAGUCGAGGAUACCUCGAACAACCCUGUGAGCAUUUCUAACCCGACUCCUAUUCAAGCAGAAGGACAAUCAGUGGCGUCCUCUAGAGAUCUCGACGAUGCAUACGACCUCUAUCGAAGACAAGAUGCCGUCGAUCUUGACCCUCGAGAAGCACGUCAGGUGCUACGAAAAAUCGAUUGGCACAUUCUGCCACUUCUGAUGGGAACUUAUCUACUUCAAUACCUCGAUAAGUCAAGCGUCAACUUCGCAAGCGUUUUUGGAUUAAGGCAAGGGACGAAUCUACAUGGCCAAGAUUACUCGUGGUCUUUAUCUAUAUUUUAUUUCGGAUACUUAGUAGCGCAAUGGCCAGCCGGCUAUCUCUUGCAAAGGCUUCCAGCCGGGAAGUUCAUCGGUAGCAGCAUUCUAGUUUGGGGUAUGCUCACCAUUGUUACUCCGGCAUGCAAGAAUUUCGCCGGGAUAGCAGUGAACCGCUUCUUGCUCGGAUGCUUCGAGGCAGUAGUGAACCCGGGUUUCGUGCUCGUCCUUUCAAUGUGGUGGAAACAGGAUGAGCAGCCCAUGCGAUUGACGACUUACUACAGUAUGAAUGGGAUAGCUGCUCGAUAUCAUAUCAAACUGAGAAUUGGCCACAUCACAUCUGGUUUACCUCCAUGGAUGUACAUCUUUCUUGUGUUCGGUUCUAUAAGUUUGGCUUGGGGUACCAUCUUCCUGAUCUUCAUGCCUGAUAUUCCUUCGACGGCGCGAUUUCUAAACGAAAAGCAGAAAGUUAUCGCAGUCGAACGAGUAGCUAAGAACAGACAAGGAGUGAAGAACCACCAUUUCAAAACCUAUCAAAUGUGGCAGUGUCUCCUGGAUCCGAAGACUUGGAUUUUAUUUGUCAUGGCCAUCGCAGCGCAGAUUCCAAAUGCUGCCCAGUCAAGUUUCACAUCCAUAAUUCUAGAGACAUUCGGCUUUGAUGUGCUCCAGACGCAGUACUUACAAAUCCCGGGGAAUUUAGUACAAUUCUUUUCCCUUCUCCUAUCAGGUUGGAUUAGUUCUCGAUUUCCAAACAUGCGUUGUGUGGUCAUGUUAGUGGGAAACUUGAUCUGCGUCGGCUGUGGUGCAGCUCUUGUCGGGCUACCGGUUGGUCCUGAUGGUACACAGAAUAGAUGGGGUCGACUGGUUGCGCUCUGGCUGUGCUCAUUCCAAUCUGUAGGUUUUAGUUUGAGCUUGACGAUGGUAAGUAGCAACGUAGCCGGAUAUACCAAAAAACAGCUCACGGGAGCUUUCCUGUUCGUGGGCUAUUGUGUCGGGAAUAUAAUAGGGCCGCAAACCUUUAUCGAAACAGAGGCACCGUUCUAUACCUCGGCGUACAUUGCGAUUCUCAUCGGCUAUUCUGUGAAGACAGUAAUGGUCAUCGUACUGUACAUAUAUAUGUGGUCGGUAAACAGGAAGCGGGACCGUGAAGCUGCCCUAGAGGGCCCUGGACUUUCAGAGGAACAAGAGAAACAAGCGAUCGAGCAAGGAAUGCAGGAUGUUACCGAGUUGGAUAACAAGGGCUUUAGAUACGUUCUAUAA